UGAUUUAAACUAUUUUUGUGUUACACUGAAGAAAUUAAGUCAAAGCUUUGAAAAGAGGAUUUUUGUUGUUUUUUCAGUGUCUCUGGAGAAUUGCGUUCUGUUUGUGGAUACUGAUACUCACAGAUCAGCGGUUGAUAUUACUGUUCAGUGCACAGCUUGCCUGUUCAAAAGCUGCAUCCUUGUAUGAUUGUUAAACCACACUGGAGCUUCUCUGUGGGCCGACACUCUUUCGUCUGCUCUUUGUUUUGUGUCCCGCUCUCUCAUUUCCUGUGUCCUGUGCUGUUGUCAUGACCACUGUUGCCAAGGAGAGGCAGAGAAAGGAAACUUAAACCAGGGAUCUUGUACCCAUAAUAUUUAAUUCAUCACCACAGACACUAAUGUCUGCACACGGAGCAGGACGAAACAAAGGAAAAGGGCAAAAUGACACAGUUUGAAAUCAUUUAUUAGUCUCUUUAGCAAAUAAUUAUUUUAAAAUGCAAAUCCCCCCCCAAGAAAAAAACAACAACACUAUCACUUCCUCUUUAAUCACCUUCCGAGGUAACCUUAUAUUGCUGUAAUUGGAUCAUUUGUACCUUUGUAAUAUAUCUCUACUACUUCACAGGCAUGUAAAUUCACACUUCAGCCUGAAAUGCUGUUAUACUGCGCAUUUCUGAGAGAAAGUGGUCCAUUACAACAAAAAAAUGAAUUGGCGUACUGUUGCAAAGUGUGAGGAUUUUGCUGUCAGCCCUCAGAAAUGCCCACAGAAUCAAACACCCUCACAAGCCUCGCAUUUCUUUGUCAAAACAGUCUCAUACAUGAAGGUAAGAACUCUUAGCAGCGGCCCUUCAAGAGGCUUGAGCGUAUUGUUGACGGCCCAUAGAUUGUCUUUGUGUUAAUUGAUUCGCUCGCCCUCCCUCCUCUGUCUCGCUCCAUCUGCCUUUAUAUCCCUCCAUCAGCUGCUUUCCUUUCAGGAUGAGAGUGGCUUUUCUUAGCUGUGUUUCAAAACUGGCACACUUGAAACACCUGUAAGGGUGAUCGGGCCGCCCAAUAGGCGAUCGCCACUCUAAACGCAACCAACCAACCUGUGAAGGUCUUGUUGCAGGGAGGGAUUGCUUUUGUCUUUGCCUAAGUGGCCUGAAGCACAGCAGCCUUUUUGUUUCUGCUCUCGAAAAGAGCAUCUAACGUAAAGGUCUUCAAACAGGACAACGUCUUCACUCUUGGCUUCUAUCCUCACAGGUGUAACAUCCUUUCUGUUAGAUAAUUUACCGAGGACUUUGCCGUUGUUCGUGGUUGUUGGGUCCUUGGAAGUAAUGCAUCUUUGACAGCCUCUGCAUCCACGUCACGGUAUCAAAUUCAAUCGGCGUGACCCAUUUGGGUAAGGCAACACCGGACUGGGUGGCAACAGAGACACACGUCCCUGCGAUAAGAGUAGAUCUUUCUUUACCGAGAAGACUUUACAGUGGUGCCAGACCAACUUCUACCCUCCGGACGCAGCCUCUCAUUGAAGUUCAAUCAAUCCCAUGAAUGUGAGUUGAGACAAGUGGCAGCAGUGCCCUGAGUUCUUCAAUUAUUCAUCACCUCAAAGAAAGACCAGGCGAAAGUGAACACAACUGUCUGAGAGAACAAAGACGGACCAGAAUGAAGCAGAACACAACUUUGCUCUGAGAAAUUUGAAAGACAAAACUGGCAAGGAACUUUCAAGAAGGACUGACCGAGACGGACUGACAAACGUGACCAUUGAACAAAACCAAGAAGUCUGGCAAAGGAACCUUCUAGAAGAACUAAUUGCUGAGGAUUGGCAAACGUGACCAAAAGACGGAUUAGAAUGCAGUUGCUUUGAGAAAUUUGAGACAAAACUGGCGAAGAGCUUUGAAGGAGGACUGACCAAGACUAAUUGAUUGGCAAACGUGACGAGACCAAAAAGAAUUGACAAGAACGCAAUUGAACAAAAUUUUGGUCUGAAAAAUUUGCGACCAAACUGGCAAGGAACUUUCUAGAAGGACUAAACGACACUUCUCGCUGAGGAUUGGCAAACGUGACCCAAAGACGGACUAGAAUGCAGCUAAACAAAACUUUGCUCUGAGAAAUUUGCGACAAAACUGGAAAGGAGUUUUCAAGGAGGACUGAGCGACGCUUCUCGCUGAGGAUUGGCAAACGUGCCGACCUCUGUGGGCAAGGAGGGCCGAGGCAAUUAUCCAUAGUCGGACCACCUGCAAGCGGAAAGGUGUCGUCGAGGUUGUGGCCCGAGGAGGCGUGGUACUCAGAGGGUGGCGAGAUGGUGAACACGGGUAUGCAGUUGAUCAGCUUCACCUGCGCUGUGACGGGUUGGGUGAUGGCUAUAGCAGUGACCGCGCUUCCCCAGUGGAAGGUCACGGCCUUCAUAGGCAGCAACAUCCUGACCUCUGAGAUUGUCUGGCAGGGGAUCUGGAUGAACUGCAUCUACCAGACCACCGGCCACAUGCAGUGCAAGACUUACGACUCCAUGCUGGCUCUGCCGCCCGAUAUCCAGGCGGCGCGGGCGCUGAUGUGCAUCGCUAUCUUCUUGGGCUGGUUGUCCUGCACCGUCUCUUGCUGUGGAAUGAAGUGCACCACCUGCGCCGGAGACGAUCGCCAUGCCAAGGCUGGCAUAGCGCUGUCCGGUGGGGUGCUCUUCAUCCUGACGGGCCUGUGCGUCCUAGUGCCGGUUUCCUGGACAGCAAACACUGUGGUGCAGGACUUCUACAACCCCAACGUUCCCCUCCAGCACAAGCGAGAGCUGGGUCAGGCUAUUUACCUGGGAUGGGCGGCAGCUGUGAUUCUUAUGAUCAGCGGAGCGGUGUUGAGCAGCACCUGCCCGCACAUGGAGAGAGGAGCGUACAGACGUGGGUACAUAGGCCGUAGCUUUGCAAACUCCAGGCCUUCUGCUCCCGAUCCGCCCAAUCCGAUCACCACCGGCACCCUUCCUCUUAAGGAGUAUGUAUGAUAGAGAGAAAUGAACAGGGACAAUAAUUAAAGGAGCACUCAGUAAUUUUUUGUUUCAAUGGAUGGAUGCAUUUUGUGGCAUUUGAAGUCCUGUCGUUUAUCUGCUCUGUUUAUUUCUUUGAUGACAUGUUGAUGCUGUUGACUCUUUCGUUAUGUUGUCUUUAAUAUGCAUAUUGUUGGGUUUGCUUUUGUUUAGAUGCACUUUUAUGUUUAGGUUUGUAAAGCUUUAUAUUAAAAGUGUAAUUUCUGUAUCACUAUCAGUACCAAAAUGCAAUUGAAAUCCACUUUUUUUGUUCUUCAAUGCACCCUCGAGUUUGGAGUGGGACUAUCGGUUUGUCUGAGCGAUGGUAAACGAGUGUGUUUGAAAAUAAUUUUUGCAAUUCUGUUUGGUGACGCUUUCACCUUUAAAGCUUUAAAAUAUGUCAUUUCUGCACCACUAGCAAAAACGGAAUUGAAAAAUGAAUGAUUGAAAAACAGAUAGGCUCACCCCAAACACUGAACAGACACGCUUCAGCUUUAACUAAAGUUUUUCUCUCAUGAGGCGUGAGUGUGCAUCAUUUUUAAUGACAAAAGCAUUAUUCAUUUCUUUAGGGUAAAACUUUUUAAUAUGGAAAAAUGUACUGAGUGCCCCUUUAAUUAAAGACGGUCUAGUAUCUAGAACGAGAUCAGUGUUUGAGCGGUCAGUUUGCAGUGGGUCCAAGAAACAUUUUCUGUCCAUUAUUGUGUGUCUCUCUCCAUAUAUUACUGUAUAUUCUCAUAUGAGGUGUUUAUUCAGGUACUGUACUAUUUAUGGGUACUUUAUUUAGAUUUUACAUCUUAAUUUGAUUUUGGUCACACUUUAGUUUGGGGAAGAUAUUCACUAUUAACUACAAUAAACUCCUAAUUUACUGCUUAUUAAUAGUAAGAUUGUUAAGUUUAGGUAUUAAGGGAUGUAGAAUAUGAUCAGGCACUAAUAUGUGCUUUAUAAGUACUAAUAAACAGCUAAUAUGCAACUAGUUAAUAGUGAGAAUUGGACCGUAAACUAAAGUGUUAAUUUGUUUUUUUUUAGCCCAAUAGUAUUAAUUAUAGGAUAACUGAACUCUUAGGCCCAUUUUGCAGUGUUUUUUUGUUUUUUGUAAAUCGUUAUUUAUUUAUCUUGUGUUUUGUAGACUCAUGACAGCUCAAC